AUGAAUCAGCUGAUCAUAGACCAAGUCAUUGACACAGUCAUGUGUAAGUGUGGUUGCCUACCUGUUGGACAUCAUUCUACUUCAGAUGACAGUACAGCAUACCGCCCCAAAGAGGAGGCUGAGCACUGGACCAAAUAUGACUCGCCGAUUAAUAAACUACGGAUGUAUAUGGAGUCAAAAGGCCUCUGGGAUGACUCCAAGAAUGCUGCGUGGAUCGCCGAGGCGAAGAAGAACGUGAUGAGCACAUUCGGCGCUGCUGAGAAGCGUCCGAAGCCCGAUUGGUCCGAAAUGUUUAAAGAUGUUUAUCAAAAAAUGCCUAAACAUCUCAUAGAGCAAAUGACCGAAAUGCAAAAACACGUCGAAGCACACAAGGAUAAAUACCCUGUGAAGGAAUACGGUUUAUAAUUCGUGUUUUUCUUAACUACUUUGAAAUAUAUGUGUAAAUAUUUGA